AUGAAUAAUUUAGUUAAUGAAUUUGAUGUAAUAAUUGUAGAGUUACAAAAAUAUAUUGAUCGGAGGGCUUUUCAAGUUCGUUACUUCGAUUGUUCAUUCGAGUUACAAAAAUAUAUUGAUCGGAGGGCUUUUCAAGUUCGUUACUUCGAUUCUUCAUCGGUCUUUGGUUCGAAUCCAAAAAUUAGUACUGCAAAGUGCUAA